AGGAGAGAGACAGAGAGAGACACGCACACACACACACACACAGAAAUCUGCAAUGUUGAGUUCUUCUACUUAUUCAGCAAACUGACGAAGAAAAGGGUAGAAGGCUUGCUAUCUAUUGUUCUCUUUUGCUUUCAUUCUCUCUUCACUCUCCCCUGAGAACUGUCUAAUCUCCCCUCUCUCUCUCUCUCUUGGUGUUACUUCUGCGAGUGCUCUUUCUGUGAAAUCUAUGGACCGAAAAUUAGGAAUUUGCUUCAACAUAACCUGAUGUGUGCUCUGAUUUCUUGAAUUUCCGCUUAUUUUGAAUCUUCCAAAAAGUGCAGAUUUAGGGUUUUAAAAUUUUAUAUUUGGCUGCGGUAGCACAUUCUGGGCAUUGAACUGGGAAUGUUGGGUGAAGAGGAUACCUCCUCUGGCAGUAGUGGUGAUGGUACUGGUAACGGUGGUUCUCGGCGCCCGUGCCAGCUUUCCAACACCCAGAGAACAUUUUGGCGUUCAGCGUCGUGGUCUUCUUCAAGAACUACAUUGCCGCCCCUUAACCCUGACAAUGACAGAGAUAGUGUAGAACCAAAUGGGAAUAAUGGGGGGCACAGUAGGCGAUUUCCUGCCCCACUAACUCCUAGAUCACAAUCUAAGGCUCGGUCAUGUUUGCCGCCACUACAACCAUUGGCGAUUGCUCGCCGGAGUUUAGAUGAUUGGCCAAAAGCAGGGUCUGAUGACAUUGGGGAAUGGCCCCUUCCUAGUACUCCUAGUGGGAGGGAUUUGAACAAUGGUGGUGAAAGAUUGAAGCUUGAUUUGUCUAAUAUUCAGAGGAAUCCAGAUAAGAAUGGUGGCCUUGUUAAGAGAGAGAAGAUUGCUUUCUUUGAUAAGGAGUGUUCCAAGGUUGCCGAACACAUCUAUCUUGGUGGGGACGUAGUUGCAAGAGAUAGGAGUAUGCUCAAACAGCAUAGGAUUACACAUAUUCUUAAUUGUGUAGGUUUUGUCUGUCCAGAGUAUUUCAAGGCAGAUUUUGUGUACAGGACUUUGUGGUUGCAGGAUAGUCCCUCAGAAGAUAUCACUAGUAUAUUGUAUGAUGUGUUUGACUACUUUGAAGAUGUUAGGGAGCAGGAUGGAAGAGUUUUUGUUCAUUGUUGUCAAGGCGUUUCUAGGUCCACGUCACUGGUAAUUGCUUAUCUUAUGUGGAGAGAAGGGCAGAGCUUUGAUGAUGCAUUUCAGUUUGUGAAGGCUGCAAGAGGCAUUGCUGAUCCCAAUAUGGGUUUUGCAUGUCAGCUGUUGCAGUGCCAGAAAAGGGUGCAUGCUUUUCCUUUAAGCCCCAGUUCAUUACUGAGGAUGUAUAGAAUGGCUCCACACUCUCCCUAUGAUCCUCUGCAUCUUGUUCCAAAAAUGUUAAAUGAUCCUUCCCCUUCUGCUCUGGAUUCCAGAGGUGCAUUUAUUAUCCAUAUACCUUCUGCCAUUUAUGUUUGGAUUGGUAAAAAAUGUGAUGCCAUCAUGGAAAGGGAUGCCAGGGGAGCUGUUUGCCAGAUCGUUCGGUAUGAGAAAGUGCAGGGUCCGAUAGUUCUGAUCGCGGAAGGGGAAGAACCAUCAUACUUUUGGGAUGCUUUUUCUAAUCUUCUACCUCUGAUGGACAAAUCUAGUGAUGGAGUUGAUGUUGUUGCCUCAUCAAUUAAGACCUGUCCUGAUGAGAGAAAAGUGGAUUUAUACAAUGUUGAUUUUGAGAUUUUCCAAAAAGCAAUUCUGGGAGGUUUUGUGCCACCAUUGGCAUCAUCUGGAGCUGAAGAAACCCUCCUGCCUGCAAGAGAAAGCAAUUGGAGUGUGCUGAGGCGGAAGUUUGCUUCUAGCAAUAUGAAGGAGUUUGUCUCUGCUUCAAAGUUGGGUGUUUCUAGAGUCUACCUGGAUUCCAAGUUCACAGUAUGUUUAGAUAAUUCUCUGUCUAAACCCCCUUAUUCUUUAACAAAUUCUUUGUCAUCAGCAUCUUCAUCAUCAUCAUCGUCACCGUCGUCAGUAUCUUUGCUUUCAUCAGUAUCAUCAUUGUCUUCAUCUUCCUCACCUCCUUAUCUCUCUCCUGAUUCCAUCUCCUCUGAUUCAAGCAUCGGUUCAAAGUACUUCUCAGAUUCCCCUGCAGCAUCUCCUUCAGCGGCAUCAUGUUAUGAUCCAUUAUCAGCAACUGUUUCUAGCUUUUCUAGUAUGUCCCUUCUCUCUUCGAAAAUUUCUCCUCAGUCAAUAUCUAAGACUUCAAGGUUUAUAGAUGUCAAUUUUACAUCACGUUCUUGUUCUCAGUCAGCAUCCACAGAGUCUAAAAGAGUUCUUCUUUCUAUUGCUGAACGGAGAGGUAGCAUGUCAAAGUGUCUUAAACUGCCAUUGUUGACAGAUGACUUCCGGGUGAAAGAUGCCCCCUCAAGUUAUGUUGCCAGUGAACUAGAUGGUGUUGGCAUUGAAAAUAAUACUUAUUCAUUAAGUGAAACACAUAAUACAAAAGAUCGUUUAGAGUUGAAAGUGGAGGGAUGUUCAAAGGAAGAAAGCAAGUUGUGGGCCUCUUCUGGUAGGUUAGCUAGUGUUGAUUCAUGUCCUCGAAAAUCUGCUUUUCUCAAAACUUCAGAUGACCAAUGGAGAAACGAUCAGCCGACUGCCUUGAAUGGAAUGGUGGAUUGUCGUGCAGCAUGUGGCUACAAAGAGCAACUGACAGUACGUCGGUGGCCUACUUUGGAAAAGGUUGCAACUUUUGGUCCGCAUGAUUUGGAUUCCAAAUGCGUGUUCAUUUUCAUCAGUCCAUCUCCAGAUAUAGGCAAAGAUGAUGAUAGGGUUCUUUACUUUUGGGUAGGAGGAUCUUUCAGUUGUGACAAAUCCAAGAUUUACUUACAGAGCAGCAAAGACACAGGUGAUAUAGAAGAGUUUGACUGGAAUCAAGCUAGUUCGGAUGUUCUUGCUCAAUUGGACCUUCCAGAGGACACUAACAUUAUGAUUGUCAAGGAAGAUGAAGAACCUGAGGAAUUUCAUAAAUUGCUGAGUGCUUUGUAUCGCUAACACAAUGGACAAUAUCUUCUCCAAUCUUGGUAGCUGAAAUCUCUUUCCCAAUUUUUCAACUUGCAUAACUUGUACACAAAUUGGUCAGGCAUUCCAGGAAACUUUUCCUGGCAAUUUUAUGAAGGAGGCUGCUUUGGGAGCUGUCGGCCGCGGUUCAAAUGGUUGUACAGCAUUGUGACACCCUCAUAUCCUUAACGAUUGGUCUGACUGACCAAGUCUAUUUGUAUAUUAGCUAUAAUCGAUUACAAACUGAUUUAGUGACAAUUCCUAACAAAUAUGAUACAUUGAAAGUUCCCUUCCCCUUGUGUGACUUGUGCAUGUUUGAUGAAUGGAAAUUAGUAUCACA